AUCCUUCAACAAACAAUUUGUGCAUGGUGCACAAAUUUAACACUUAUGCAUACUAAAUGCCACCUAUCUUCUAAACCCUAAACCCUAAACUCACCAAAGAGAAUUUUAGAACUCUCUGUUACUGACUAACUUCUCUGCUUCUCUCUCUCGUCCUCUUUGGAACCGAGAGUCUCGUGCGCGGUUUCUCUGCAACUCGCAUUUUGCUUGAAAAAGAAGCUGAUUGGCGAAGAUAAAUAUUAGAGCAAUUGAAGGUUUAGAGACUCUAGAAGAUGCACAACCUUUGUUGCUUAAAUUAAAAGGUAUGAUUCUGAAGGUAAUGAUGCUUCAAUGUCCACUUUAAGCUCUAGUUCAAUUCCAUCAUCCGACAAUGGAAGCAAAUCAGUGUACUCUGAUUGUGUUCAAGUUUCUUACAUAACCUCAAACCUUCGGGGGCUGAGAAGCCUGCAUUCUUCAGUUUUAGAGGAUAUAUAAAUUUCGUAAGGUCAGAUCAGGCAACGUGGUAUAGUGCCUGUUAGAUUUGCAAUAAGUUACUGAAAGUGUGGGUGCUGGAUGCUGGCUGGUGUGAAAGUUGCGAGAAAAACAAUGAAGAAUGCAAUUUAAGGUGAUACAGAAGAAGAAUCUGUCUAUAUGACGGAGCCAAGAUAAUGGAACUCCACACCCACUUGAUCAAGUUUGGAUUUUCCCGCCACUCAAGUCUCAGAAACCAUUUGUUAACAUUCUAUUCCAACUCUCGUCGUUUUGGGUAUGCCUGCAACCUGCUUGAUCAAAGUACUGAACCAAGAACGGUCGUUUCAUGGUCUGCUUUGAUAUCUCGUUACGUGCAAAAUGGGUUUCAUAAAGAAGCGUUAUUGGCAUUUAAUGAGAUGUGUACGUUGGGUGUUAAGUCUAAUGAGUUUACAUUCCCAACUGUUCUCAAAGCAUGUUCGAUUAAGAAAGAUUUGAAUAUGGGAAAAAAGGUUCAUGCCAUGACUGUGGUCUCAGGGUUUGAAUCAGAUGCUUUUGUUUCCAACACUUUAGUUGUUAUGUAUGCCAAAUGCGGGCAGUUUAGUGAUUCUAAGAAAUUGUUUGGUAUGAUUUUGGAGCCAGGUGUUGUUUCGUGGAAUGCCUUGUUUUCUUGUCACGUGCAAAGUGAUUUCUUAGCUGAAACUGUUGAUUUAUUUAAACGGAUGGUUGAGGGCAAAGUAAGACCUAAUGAGUACAGCCUUUCAAUUAUAUUGAAUGCCUGUGCUGGAUUGCGGGAUGGAGGUAUCGGAAGGACGGUUCAUGGCCUUUUAAUGAAGCUUGGACAUGGUUUGGAUCAAUUUUCUGCAAAUGCCUUGGUUGAUAUGUAUGCAAAAGCAGGGAGGAUUGAAGAUGCUGUUGAUGUUUUUCGAGAAAUGAUUCACCCAGACACUGUUUCUUGGAAUGCAAUUAUUGCUGGUUGUGUUCUUCAUGAGUAUAAUGAUUUGGCUUUGAUACUGUUGAAUGAGAUGAAAAAGUCUGGAAGCUGUCCCAAUGUGUUCACCUUAUCAAGUGCCUUAAAAGCAUGUGCUGCAAUGGGGUUGAAGGAUUUGGGGAGACAGAUACAUUCUUGUUCGGUAAAGAUUGAUAGUGAUUCAGAUUUGUUUGUGGCUGUUGGACUAAUAGAUUUGUAUUCCAAGUGUGAGAUGAUGGAUGAUGCAAGAAGAGCUUAUGAUUUGAUGCCAACAAAAGACCAUAUUAUUGCAGGGAAUGCUUUGAUCUCUGGUUACUCGCAGUGUGGUGAUGACGAACAAGCAAUCUCACUUUUUUUUGAAUUGCACCAUGAAAAUAUAGAUUUCAACCAAACUACUUUGUCAACAGUUCUUAAAUCUGUGGCCAGCUUGCAGCAAAUCAAAGUAUGUAAGCAAAUUCACACGCUUUCCAUCAAAUGUGGAAUUUAUUCAGAUUUCUAUGUUAUAAACAGUCUGCUUGACACUUAUGGAAAAUGUAGUCAUAUAGAUGAAGCUUCAAAAAUAUUCGAAGAGCGCACUUGGGAAGAUUUGGUGGCUUACACUUCUAUGAUAACUGCAUAUUCUCAACAUGGGGAUGCAGAAGAGGCUUUGAAGCUAUAUUUGCAAAUGCAAGUUGCAGACAUCAAGCCUGAUCCGUUUGUCUGCAGUUCUCUUUUAAAUGCUUGCGCAAACUUGUCGGCAUAUGAGCAAGGGAAACAAUUACAUGUCCAUGCCAUUAAGUUUGGAUUUAUGUCUGAUAUUUUUGCCAGCAAUUCUCUUGUUAAUAUGUAUGCAAAAUGUGGAAGCAUAGAGGAUGCUGAUCGCGCCUUUUCCGAGAUACCACAGAGAGGUAUAGUCUCGUGGUCUGCAAUGAUUGGAGGGUUGGCUCAACAUGGUCAUGGUAAAGAGGCUCUUAUCAUGUUCAAUCAAAUGCUUAAAGAUUGUGUGUCACCAAACCAUAUUACAUUAGUCAGUGUUCUCUGUGCAUGUAAUCAUGCUGGUUUGGUAAAUGAGGGGAAACAAUAUUUUGAAACAAUGGAGGAAAAGUUUGGAAUCAAACCAACACAAGAGCACCAUGCUUGCAUGAUUGAUCUCCUUGGAAGAUCAGGGAAACUAAAUGAAGCAGUGGAGCUUGUGAAUUCCAUUCCAUUUGAAGCCGAUGGAUCCGUUUGGGGGGCGCUUCUUGGUGCUGCAAGAAUCCACAAAAAUGUUGAACUUGGUGAGAAAGCUGCAGAGAGGCUUUUCACUCUAGAGCCAGACAAAUCUGGUACUCUUGUUCUCCUUGCAAACAUUUAUGCAUCAGCAGGGAUGUGGGAAAAUGUUGCAAAUGUUAGAAAGGUUAUGCAAAACAGCAAUGUGAAGAAGGAACCUGGAAUGAGUUGGAUUGAGGUCAAAGACAGGAUACACACUUUCAUUGUUGGAGAUAGAAAUCAUUCUAGAAGUGAUGAAAUAUUUGCUAAAUUGGAUGAGUUAAGCGAACUUCUAAGUAAAGCUGGAUACAGUCCCAUCAUAGAGACCGAUAUACAUAAUGUGGAACGAAGUGAAAAGGAAAAGCUCUUAUAUCAUCACAGUGAGAAACUUGCCGUGGCUUUUGGAUUAAUUGUCACACCACCUGGAGCUCCAAUAAGAGUAAAGAAGAAUUUGAGAGUUUGCGUUGACUGCCACACCUUUCUCAAAUUAGUAUCUAAGCUUGUUUCAAGGCAAAUUGUUGUCAGAGAUAUUAAUAGGUUCCACCAUUUUAAAAAUGGAUCAUGUUCCUGUGGUGAUUAUUGGUAAUAUCAUUAAGAUGACUCAUUCAUUAUAUAUACAUACACAGAAAAUGCCGAUUCUUACAAUUUGAUUGUAAACAAAACACACGAAUGACACAGUAGUCCGUGGAAAAAAUGUUGUUACUUUCUCUUCCCCUUUUUCCCUCCUAUUUUUUUCUUCUUCUUUCUUUUUCUCUUUUAAAACGAAGAUAGAAGAAAUAGGGAAAGAAGAGAAAGGAAACACUCAAGAUUGCCAUAUCCCUCCAUCACGACAACAUAUCCAACCUCAUUGGCCUUUCCGAUGUGAAGACGAUGGUGCCCAAUUUCCAGUUGUUGCUGAGGAUUGUUGUUCGAUUCUUUUGAUGGAGGCAGUGAGCGUUACUUGGAGCAGUUCUGUUGUCCCUUUAGGAGCCUCUGAGCGACGAAGAAACGACGGCGGUGAGGGAAUCAAUUUUGUUAAUAAGUUCCCUCACUAUUUUUGUGAAGAUAAUGUACUUCCACACAUCCCUAUUGCUUGUAAAAUAAUUGCAAAGGGAAGUUCAAUAGGUUGUGAUCGGAGGAGUAGCAUAUCUAGACCACAGUCUCUUCAGGCCAAUGUGUAUGUAUUCUACACUGCGUUUACCUUGACAGAUAGAAAAACCCCUUUCACCCCAUCUUGUUGGAAUAUGGUCAUAUGGCAGCAGUUAUGCAGCAAAGGAAAGAAGAGAUCGCAGAAGUGGAGCAAUGGAUGGAUUUGGAUGGCAUAGAUGCAUCAAAACGAUCAAUUAAUCCAUUAACAGCCCACUAGAAUCACGGCUUUCUUUUGGCAUAAGCAAUCCUGCUUGAGUGUUUCCAAAAAGGUUGCAAAUUGCUAUUGUACUUGUGCUGAAACUUUUUGUUUAUAAAUGUGAAAUGCAAUAUAAACAUAUAAUUUGGCACUUCUAAUGACAUUCGAUUAACUGCAGCUUAGUUGCAAUUACUUAAGACAUCUUCCUCCACUUUCACCCAUUUUA